GAACUCUUCACAGCUAGGUCUCCAUUCUUCUAGGGAGAUGACCUGGAGCAGAUAAUUAGAGUGACAGUCCAUCUAUACAAAUGGGGUGUCUGGGACACUGUAGACCAUGUUUGCUAAAACAUCUUCCCACAGCAGGGAGAUAAAGGCCUUAUCCUAUUUCCUGUAACACAAUAGAUCAGUGCUUCUUUCCUAGACAAGGCUGAAAGGGGUCAACACUUUCUGAAGACCUCAUUAUUAGGAUUCUAUUUUGAUUAGAGUGAUCUCACUGAGCUAUUUUGGAAUCAAAAUAUGGCUAGGUGCCUGGUCUCCCUCAAUGGCUUCACGUGGCUUUUAAAGGGAAGGAGGCAGUAGUGCUGACUUUUGGUAAAAUGGGUGAAAAGCAUCCCAGCCAGCAACAUAAUCACUCAUAGUCCAGAUGAGGGAUCAGUAAAUACAACGUGCCUGAAAGACAGGCCUUGAGCACAUUCCUCUGGUAGACAUUAACUUAUUAAAUGGACCCUGACUGCAAAUAUAAACUUUGCCCCCAUCUCACCCGGCAACCAUAGAAGAGGCAGAUCUCAGUCAAUAAAAGGAAGUGAGAACUGUUCCUGGGUCUCCGGCUCCAACAUCCGCCCUCUGUCAAGAUGUGGCACCUCAAACUCUUUGCAGUGCUCAUGAUCUGUCUGCUGCUGUUGGGCCAGGUAGAUGGCUCCCCAAUAACAGAACUGAGUUCAGCAAAGAGAAGGCCACGGAGAAUGACUCCAUUUUGGAGAGGGGUUUCCCUCAGGCCCAUUGGAGCCUCUUGCCGGGACGAUUCUGAAUGUAUGACGAGGCUAUGCAGAAAAAGACGCUGUUCCCUAAGUGUGGCCCAGGAAUGAUGUACAUACCAGGGGAAAAGAAGACAGCACUCACCUAUAACAAUGCUCCAUUCUAUGGAAUACUGAUUAAUUGCAUUUUAGCUGGAGACACUUAAGUAAAGCAAUCUUGUAUUUUUAAUAUUUAAAGACAGAUGCAUGCUUUAAAUUGGUGUCUGUUUCUUCUUAGAAUGUUGAUAUCUAGAUAAGCAUAACUCAACUUGUCAAUUUAGAGUUUAUUUUUCUAUGUGUACUAUUAAAAGUCUGAAAUUGAAAUUUUGGCAGUCUGGAAUUCAAGGUUUUGAGGGAAAGGAGGAUUCAUUUGUAUACUAUAGAAUAAAACAGCAUUGCCUAAUCAUGAUGUGUUAACUUCUCAAUCUGGAAAGUGUAGUGAGAGUUAACAUUUUUUCAAGAAAUAAAGAACACAAUGGCAGGCUAAAGGCAAAAGUUUAGUAAUAGUUAUGUGAUCAGCCUUGGCAAGUUCAUAAGCUGUGACCCUGGGUCUUAGCCCUUCACUUUAUGUAAAGACCUCUUCAGUGAGGUGUCAAAGAAGG